UGAGUGCGACGAUUUUUUUAAAUUGGACCUAACUGAAAACUAGAAACUAAUUGAUAAAAAAAACAAAGAUAAAUAAUUUAACAUACCUAGAUAAUAAAACAAAUGAUUAUCACUUGAUAAUACUAAUUACAAGUGAUUGGGUAAAGUUAUUGAGUCAGUCGGUGUGGUUAGUGGUAUCGAUGGAACAAAAUGGCGGCUAGAUUAUUGUUAAUGUUUAUUUGUGUUCUUCAGACUUUACCGUUAUUCUUUGUGAGUUCUACAUUAUUGUGUGAGGCAGGAUUUUGUACGAAAUAUCGACAGGAGAACACCUGCCCGACAACAGCGAGGGAUUGCUCCGUCAACAACGCUACAUUCUCUGGUCUGACGCUACCGUCCCCAACGAUAUGCAACUGCUGUGACUACUGUCUCCCUCUAUAUAACAAAGGCGAACCUUGCAGUCUAGGAGGACCAGGAGACGGGGUCACUGUAGGCAGGUGUGGCCACGGGCUAACUUGCGAUAAUGGAACCAGGACCUGCGUGAGAAUGAGCACAAAAUGCCACGACGCCCAAGACGAUUACGAUGCUCGACACGCUAAAGGGGAGACGGGAGUCCUCGAGAGAAGACCAGAGUGUGACAUCAGGGGAGACUAUGCCACAUACGAUUGUGUGCCUUCGCAAACCUGUUUUUGCCAGUCGGAAGAAGGUGAAAGAUUGUUUGGCGAAGUGCUUUUUACCGGACAAAAUCAAGAUAUGCCUUGUGGAUGUUCACGGAUGAUACAGAAAGUUGAGCAGUACAUAGCAUCAGGUCUUCGAUACCCAGUUGCUGGGUUGCGAUGCACUUCGGACGGGAACUUCAACCCUGUGCAGUGUAUUGAUAGGGUCUGUUAUUGCGUGAACACCAUCACUGGGGAGGUGACUGGUACAAAUACCAUCAAUUUGGAUGAGCAACGCCUUUCCGAUUUACCAUGCUAUGUAGAAGAACUCGAUCUGUUCCCCAUAAGGAAUGACACUGGACCUCCCUAUAAUUACACAAGCCCGUGUUACGAAAGCAUAAGAGAGAAGGAAGAGCUAAUACAGCAGAGUAUAGAAGAUGGAUUCAAUGUGGACUUCUUCACCAGUUUUACCUCCGUCACUUGUAUGCCCGAUGGCACUUUUGGAAGGAUUACUAUCAAUUCUAAUGGAUCGAAAAUAUGCAUAGACGAGCGUGGAAUAAGAAUUGGAGACUUUGAAUCUAGGCCGAAUACCCCCGAGUUUAAUAAUAUGGAUUGUAAAUGUGCAAAAACAACAAAUCUAAUGUCGGCGUCGACUGAGCCUCCGCGUUGUUGCACAAACGGCAACUUCAGGCCUGUUCAAUGCCGGCGUGGGCUUUGCCGCUGCGUCGACUCCGACGGGCGGCAAGUCGGGACAGAGUCUAGGGAUGUCACCAGAUUGAGCUGCUACACCGCUGAUUGGAGGAACUGCUGAUAAAAUAUAGAACUUUAAAUAUAAAUACCUGAAUAUGUAAAAAAAUAUA